AUGCAACUACUGCGCCGCUUUGUCUGGUCUGCUGGGAGGAGCCUCCAUACAAGCCCCUCAGGCCUUCACCCGCGAGUACACUCCUUCACCAGAGCUACUCAUACAUCAUCUCGCUAUCACUCCUUCACCAGAGCUACUCAUACAUCAUCUCGCUAUCACUCCUUCACCACAGCUACUCAUACAUCAUCUCGCUAUCACUCCUUCACCACAGCUACUCAUACAUCAUCUCGCUAUCGCUUCUUCACCACAGCUGCUGAUGCGUCAUCUCGCAAUCGCGCUUCAACAUAUCUCAAGCAUGCGUGUGAGUUGCUGGAGAUUAAAGAUCCGAAUGGGUCCGCCUAUGUCGUUGCACUAGCGCUGAAUGAUAAGGAUGCGGAGAAGCAGCUGCAGCUGCAGAAGGCGGAUAUCUAUCAUCAGAUUAUUGUCAACUACUACAAACGGCGAGUGUCAUACAUCUCUCAGAGGUAUCUGGUUGAGGAUCUUUUUAGGAAAGCUAUGGAUAUCAUUGCCAACAGCAAGGACGGCGGCGAGGAGAUCAACUCUGUACAGAAAGGCUUGCCGCGGAAGGACUUGGAGCUGAUGAUUCAAAGACAGCUUUCUAUGCGUGCGAUGAACAGGCACUUGCAGACGAAUAAUAGCUUACGACUGGCCGUAUGGAAACGGAUCGGGUUACCAGAGGACCUUUUGAUGCCUGGUUUAUCAGAGGAGAAGAUGUUGUAUGGGUACCUGUCGGAACACAUCCAUGGACCGACGGGGCUGUUUGUGUUUUUAUCUUCACGUACAGCUAAGGAGGAGAUCAGAUUUUUCAGCGAAGUUGCACAUGUUUUCAAGAAGGAGGUGGACUUUUUCGAUGACGCGUCAGCAGAAGAGGGAGAGCUGAUGGAGACUAAAUCUAUCCUGGAAAAGCAUAGGCGAAAAUCUGAGGACGACAGCGCUGAGCCAAAGCCAUGA